CUCUCAUCUAUCUUUUUUUCUCUUCUCCUCACUCCGCAGCUUUUUAAUUUCUUCAGCUGAAAAUGGAAACUGAAACCCUAGAAUAUUUUCUUCUUAAACACGAGUCUUAAUUUUUGUAACCUCCUUGAAUUAGAAAUUUAAGCACCACCAAUUAUAUCAAAUCUUUUAUCUCAUAUUUUCAAGGUUUCGAGCCAGAUUUCUCUUAAUUCCCAUUCAAAUUUCAGCUAAAUUUAGUAAUAUGUCAUCUUUAAGUAGAGAAUUGGUGUUUCUGAUACUUCAAUUCCUUGAUGAAGAGAAAUUCAAGGAAUCUGUUCACAGGCUUGAACAAGAAUCAGGUUUUUUCUUUAACAUGAAAUAUUUUGAAGAGAAAGCUAAUGCAGGAGAAUGGGAUGAAGUUGAAAAAUAUCUAUCUGGUUUUACAAAAGUUGAUGAUAAUAGAUACUCCAUGAAAAUUUUCUUUGAGAUCAGAAAACAAAAGUAUCUAGAAGCUCUAGACAGUCAAGACAGAUCAAAGGCUGUCGAGAUAUUAGUCAAGGAUUUGAAAGUGUUUUCAACAUUCAAUGAAGAGUUGUUCAAGGAAAUUACACAAUUAUUAACACUUGAAAAUUUCAGAGAAAAUGAACAACUGUCCAAGUAUGGUGAUACUAAAUCAGCUCGAGGUAUAAUGCUUAUGGAGUUAAAAAAGUUGAUUGAAGCGAAUCCUCUGUUUCGGGAUAAAUUGGUUUUUCCUACUCUAAAGACAUCUAGAUUGCGUACUUUAAUCAACCAGAGUUUGAAUUGGCAGCACCAGCUAUGUAAGAAUCCAAGGCAGAAUCCAGACAUUAAGACCUUAUUCUCAGACCACUCUUGUACGCCUCCUAAUGGAGCUCGAGCACCUACUCCAGUAACUCUUCCAAUGGCAACCGUUGGAAAACCUGCUCUAUACACACCUCUCACUCAUGGACCUUUUCCACCAAAUGCAGCAGCUUCCAAUGCUAAUGCCAAUGCAUUGACUGGUUGGCUGACAAACUCAACUGCUCCCUCACUAGUUCAGUCUGCAGUUGUUGCUCCUUCAUCAGUACCUAUUCCUCCAAACCAAGUUCCGAUUCUGAAGCGUCCAAGAACACCUCCAGAUGCUUUAGGUAUGGUGGGCUACCAAGGGGUUGAUCACGAACAGCUAAUGAAACGGCUAAGAUCCUCCGGACAUCCUGUUGAUGAGGUCACUUAUCCAGCACCACUUGCACAACCUUCAUGGUCUCCAGAUGAUCUCCCAAGAACAGUGGCCAGUAACCUUCAUCAAGGAUCGGAUGUCACCACCAUGGAUUUCCAUCCUUCUCAGCAAACAUUGCUACUUGUUGGUUCUGCUAAUGGCGAAGUCACAUUAUGGGAAAUCGGGAUGAGAGAGAAGUUGAUAACGAAGCCUUUCCAUAUAUGGAACAUGACAUCUUGUUCGUUGCAAUUUCAGUCUUCUUUUGCCAAGGAUUCAUCAGUAUCUAUCAAUCGAGUAGCAUGGAGUCCAGAUGGAAACUUGAUGGGAAUUGCAUUUACCAAACAUUUGAUUCAUGUAUACGCAUAUCAGGGUCCCAAUGAGCUCCGUCAACAUGUGGAGGUUGAUGCUCAUGCUGGUAAAGUAAAUGAUUUAGCAUUCUGUCACCCAAACAAACAGCUAUGCAUGGUAACGUGUGGAGAUGAUAAACUGAUCAAGGUAUGGGAUAUGACUGGGGGGAAGCUGUAUAACUUUGAAGGCCAUGAAGCACCCAUUUAUUCUGUAUGUCCCCAUCACAAGGAGAAUAUUCAGUUCAUAUUUUCAACGGCUACCGAUGGGAAGAUUAAGGCAUGGUUGUAUGACAACAUGGGUUCCAGAGUUGACUAUGAAGCUCCUGGACGUUGGUGUACUACAAUGCUUUAUAGUGCUGAUGGGAGCAGGUUAUUCUCUUGCGGCACUAGCAAAGAAGGAGAUUCUCACCUGGUUGAGUGGAAUGAGAGUGAAGGAGCAAUAAAGAGAACAUAUGCUGGUUUCAGAAAGAACUCACCUGGUGUGGUUCAAUUUGACACAACACAGAAUCGUUUCCUGGCCGCUGGUGAAGAUAAGCAGAUCAAAUUCUGGGAUAUGGACCAUUUAAACGUUCUUGCGAGCACGGAUGCUGGCGGUGGACUUCCUAGUCUUCCUCGAUUGAGAUUCAACAAGGAAGGCAACCUUCUUGCCGUCACUACAGCAGAAAAGGGAAUCAAAAUUCUUGCGAACACCCAAGGCCUAAAAUCUCUGAAAGCAAUUGAAAGCCGAUCGUUUGAAUCAUUGAGAUCAUCAAUUGAACCUGCUACGCCUAAGGUUUAUAUUUUCAGUUUUGGUUUCAUGUACAUGAGGCUUUUUUUUCUAGUUUCUAACACAUUCCUUAAUCAGGUUAGCGCUGCUGCUGCUGUUGCUGCUGCUCCCAUUACCCAAGUGGAACCCAUGGAUCGAAGUUCUCCUAUUCCUAAUGGUGCUGAGCCAACACCUAGAAGUAUUGAAAAUCUUAGAGCUGCGGAAGAUGUACCUGACAAAGUCAAACCCUGGGAAUUGGCUGAACUUGUCAAUCCUGUUCAAUGUCGAGCCGUUUUGAUGCCAGAUAGUGCAGACUCUGUGAGCAAGGCUGCCCGACUUCUUUAUACAAAUUCUGGUGGCGGGGUUUUGGCACUUGGGUCCAAUGGUAUUCAAAGAUUAUGGAAGUGGGGCAAAAGUGAACAGAAUCCAAGUGGCAAGGCAACCACCAGUAUUGUUCCACAACACUGGCAACCAAACAAUGGUCUUCUUAUGACCAAUGAUAUCUCAGGUGUCAACCUUGAAGAAGCAGUUCCAUGCAUAGCUCUCUCAAAGAAUGAUUCAUAUGUAAUGUCCGCAACCGGUGGAAAGAUUUCAUUAUUUAACAUGAUGACUUUCAAGGUAAUGACAACAUUUAUGCCACCUCCACCGGCUUCAACAUACUUAGCAUUUCAUCCACAAGAUAACAACAUCAUAGCCAUCGGAAUGGAAGAUUCAACCAUACAAAUUUACAAUGUCAGGGUGGAUGAGGUAAAAAUUAAAUUGAGGGGUCAUCAAAAGCGUAUAACUGGUUUAGCAUUUUCGUCCAACCUCAACAUCCUGGUAUCUUCAGGUGCCGAUGGUCAGCUUUUCAUAUGGAACACUGACCCAUGGGAGAAGAAAAAAUCGGUUACAGUUCAACAUCCAGCUGGAAAGGUGCCUGUUGGCGAUACUAGAGUUCAGUUUCACAGCGACCAAGUGCGCUUGUUAGUAUGCCAUGAAACACAAUUAGCCUUAUAUGAUGCUUCCAAGAUGGAAUGCAUUCGACAGUGGGUCCCGCAGGAUGUAUUGCCCGCAUCCAUAACCUAUGCAGCGUACUCCUGCAACAGCUUACUGAUUUAUGCUUCUUUCUUUGAUGGUAACAUCGGUAUUUUCGAUGCCGAUAACCUCAAAUUAAGAUGUCGUGUUGCCCCAUCUGCUUACAUGCCUAAGGCACAGAAUCCACAAGCAUACCCACUUGUGGUUGCGGCGCAUCCGCAUGAGCCAAACCAGUUCGCGGUUGGAUUAAGUGAUGGAUCUAUUCAAGUUGUAGAGCCCUCAGAUUCAGAUAGUAAGUGGGGUGUGUCAGCACCAUCUGAUAAUGGAACAACAUCGACUCCAAACGGUAGUAGGGCAGUAGCAGCUGUAUCUGGCACUAGCAAUCCAGCUACUAGUGAGCACCACAACCAAAGAUGAGACUUAAUUUUUGAUUAUUAUUAAUUUUUUUUUUUUUUUAAUAUCUCAAUUUGAAAUCUACAUGCGCUGUAAGAUAAGAGGUUUAGGCUUUCAUUUUGGGUCUUUGAAGAACUAAUUGUAGUCUUAUUACAGAAGAAAAAUGGUUAAAAGAAAAAACAAAAAUGCUUUUAUACA